GGGGGGGGGGGGUCCGGGAGAGACGCCUGUGGGCGGCCCGUCCCGUCCCCGCCCGUCCCGGCUGAUGCAACCGGCCGUGGCACGCCGGACCCCGGCCGUGGGUGGUCCGUGUUUCUGCUAAUGAGGAGCCACAGCAGGUUUCGGGGCUCGCACAGGGCCGGCACACUCGCACACGGGCCCGCCGGCCGCUCUCGUUGCACGCACGUGGGUGCGCGCGCGCACGGCUGCCGCUCUGCUCCGGCGUGCCGCGCCACGCGUGUGCGAGGUCCCGCAGGUCACGGGCGCGUGUCGCGGCCCCCCCGCCAUGCAGAAAGCCCAGCCGGUGCUGGGGGGGGACGCUGGGCCCCUCCAGGAGGAGCCACCCCCCCGCCCCGCCUGGACCAGUAAAGCCCAGUACAUACUGGCCCAACUGGGUUUCUCCGUGGGGCUGGGCAACGUCUGGCGCUUCCCCUACCUCUGCCACCAGAACGGAGGCGGUGCCUUCCUCCUGCUCUACCUGCUGCUCCUCUUCCUCCUGGGCAUCCCCCUGCUCUUCCUGGAGCUGGCGGCCGGGCAGUGCCUGCGCCAGGGCAGCGUCGGCGUCUGGAGAAGCAUCAGUCCCCGCCUGGCUGGCAUCGGGCUGGCCAGCUGCCUGGUGUGUGUGUACGUGGCGCUGUACUACAACGUGAUCAUCGCCUGGAGCCUCCUCUACCUCGCCCGCUCCUUCCAGCACCCCCUGCCCUGGGAGAGCUGCCCCAGUGCCGGCCCCAACCACACAGAACCCGAGUGUGCCCUGAGCUCGCCCACCACCUACUUCUGGUACCGGCAGACGCUGGACGUCACCCCUGAGAUGGGGGUGGGCGGGGGGCUGCAGCCCACCCUGGUGGGGGGGCUGCUGGGGGCCUGGGCCCUGGUGGGGGCCUCCCUGCUCAAGGGCAUCAAGUCCUCGGGAAAGGUGCUGUACGUCAGCACCCUCUUCCCCUACCUCGUCCUCUUCUGCCUCCUGGUCCGGGGGCUGCUGCUCGAGGGGGCCCCCGAGGGCGUCCGCAUCAUGUUCACCCCCAAGGCGUCGGCGUGGGGCACGGGUCAGGCCUGGCGGCAAGCGGCCACGCAAGUCUUCUUCGCGUUGGGGCUGGGCUUCGGCAGCGUCAUCGCCUACGCCAGCUACGGCGCGCGCCGCAGCAACUGCCACCGCGACGCCGUGCUGGUGGCCGGCCUCAACGCCCUCACCUCCCUCCUGGCCACCCUCGUCGUCUUCGCCGUCCUGGGCGCCCGCGCCACCCGCCGCACGUGGCAAUGCCUCCGCAGGAACGCAGAGCUGGUGGCGCAGGCGCUGGCGGCAGGGGGGUUGCCCGAGACCGCCCGGCCCCCCGGGAACCUCACAGCCCUGCCGGCCCCCCAGUACAGCGCCUGGCUGCGGGGGCUGCCCCCGGCGCUGAGGGACACCCUGGGUGUCACCGACUGCCGCCUGGAGGAGGAGAUGAACAAGGGGGUGGAAGGCCCGGGCCUGGCCUUCAUCGUCUUCACGGAGACACUGACGUUGCUGCCGGCGGCACCGCUCUGGUCGUCCCUCUUCUUCCUCAUGCUGCUGGGGCUGGGGCUGAGCACCAUGUUGGGCACCACCCAGGCCGUCCUCACACCUCUGCUCGACGCCUUCCCCGUCCUGCACCGCCGCCGCGCUCUGCUCACCGUGCUGUGUUGUGCCGGGGGCUUCGUGCUGGGGCUGCCCUUUGCCCAGCGCUCUGGCAGUUACUUGGUGGCUGCCUUCGAUGACUACGUGGCCACGCUGCCGCUGCUGGCCGUGGGCGCCUGCGAGGCCGUGGCUGUGGCCUGGGUCUACGGGGCUGAGAGGUUUCUGGCUACCAUCUGGGAGGUGACAGGCCACCGGCCGUGGCGGCUCUACGGGCCCCUGUGGCGCUUUGGUAGCCUAGGGGCCAUGGUGGCCCUGCUGGGGGCCAGCCUGGGACAGCUGGCCCUGCGCCCCCCCACCUACCAGGCCUGGGACCGCACCACGGCGAUGUCAUGGCGGCGGCCAUACCCGCCCUGGGCCCUGGCCCUCACCCUGGGGCUGAUGGCGGUGGCCGUGCUGCCUAUCCCCGUCGUUGCCCUGCGCCGGGUGCUCAGGCCACCCCGGGACCCCCCGGGGCCGCGGGACCGGGACCAGGAGGAGAAGGAAGAGGAGGAGGAGGAGAAGGAGGAGAAGGAGAGUGCGGCCGACCUGGCCCCUACUGCCACCCUGGACUCCGCCUCACUGCCUGGAUGAGCGGGAAGGCACCCCAUUGGAGGACGGCGAGGAACUCUGCUUUCCGAUUGGCCACGCUGCCUGAGGCGGGAGAGGCGCCUAUUGGCGAUUCGGGGGAGGGAGGGAAGGAGCCUCGGGGAAGGGGGUAUGCUUCCCCUCCCCACCCCCCUCCCCGCUCCGCGUUGCCAUGGGGACGCUCGGCGGCCAUGUUGGAGCGGGGCAAUAAAGGACCUGGAAGAG